CUCGCCGCCAUGGUGGCUUUCUUGUCUUGUCCAUUCUUUUGUGUUGGUUUCAUGUCGGAACCGAGGCCGUAGGGUCUGUGGGUCGAUCUAUACAGAUCCGCAUAUAGCAGAGAGUAUCCUGGCUCUUGCUCUUUCCACCGCCCGCACAUCUAUCGUCGUCAUUUCUUUUUUUUUUUCCCCUCAUGCCUUGCCCACCAUGAGCCUACCAAUUCAUCGUAUUCGUCAACUUAUCAGUCGGUCAGCUCGUCAACAUGUCCUUCAAUCUCACCCAUCCAUACCUAUCACCCCAGCCCUAACCUGCUGCGCUACGCACGACGCCGCCCCACAUGCAUGCACAUGCAGUGCUUCCCCCCGGCACCCCGCAGCAAUCUCACCAAACGUCCAAACGUGCACAAAGCACAAACACACAUCAGCACACGCACACACGCUCCCUCUAUCCGUCCAAUCUCUCGAUAUGUCUCGCAAGAAGCGUCGUCCACAUUAUUAUCGCUGCGCACGGGCCGCCCUUGGCUCCUCGGCCCGCCAAGUCGCCCACCCGGCCGUCCGUCUGACCAUCUGUCCCAUCUGUCCAUCCGCCUCGUCCCUGCCAAUCCCGCUCUUCUGUUGUACAUACAUAUAGG